GUGAGAACUUAAUCUUAGGAGAGUAAAAAAGAAUAGAUAUGAGCCAUUGGAUUACCUUUUAAUGAUCCGUGCGCCUAAACUAUAACAGAGGGUAUCCAGGUCACUUUGUAAAAUACUUCCUACGCCUAAAAUAUAUCCCACGCCUAAAAUCACGAUGCAUGAUUCUUUCCAUACAUAACCGUUUCCUCCUUCGGCGGGCUUCCUCCUUCGGCGGUCUUCUCUCCUUCGUCGGACUUCUCUCCUUCGUCAGUCUUCUCUCCUCAAUCUCUUUGUGAUCGGAUGUCAUCGGCUCUGGUCGUCCGGCUUCUCUCCUCAAUCUCUCUGUGAUUGGAUUUCAUCGGUUCUGGGUUGUCUUCCAUCUAACGUUCUUUCAUGGAGUUCAGUUCAAACGAUGUUCCCUUCAGUGCAUCUGCAGCCGUUUCUCAAUCGUUUGAUGUUAAUACAAUGCAAGUUUCUCCGGGAUCCACUAUGUACUGCACACCGGAUUGUGACCCUGCUUUUAAACCUCGUGUUGGUAUGUUGUUCAACACCUUGCGUGAUGGUAUGAGAUUUUAUGAGCAAUAUGCAAAAGUUUGUGGUUUUGAAUCACGUAAAAGUAGUCAAAAAAGGGCUCGUGAUGGCGUUAUUGUUUGGAAACAUAUGGUGUGUAAUAGGCAGGGCUUCAAAAAUGUAUCUACAUCUAAGACGGUUGCACCUAAGAGUGAUUCUUGCAAGAAUGUUGAUUUAGAUAAUGAGUUUAGUGUUGAAAAUGAAGAGUUCAUGACUGAUAUUGAGUCAUGUGAAUCUGAUGGAUCUGAAAAUGAAGAGGAACCUCAUGUUGAAGAUUUACCAACUCCGGGCGUAUGCGUUGAUGACGACAAGAAAACAAGACGCACAGUUUCUAAUAGGUGCGAUUGCAAAGCACGUCCGGUUUUUAGGCUUGCAGGCAUGGAUGGAUACCAAAUUAAAUUGUUUGAGGAGAGGCAUAAUCAUUCAAUGUCUUCCCCUUCUUCACUUCCAUUUUUAAAAGUCAACAGGAAACUCGACAUUGGUCAUCAAAAAUUUGUCCUGAAUUGUGUAAAAGCAAAUAUCGGUACUAUGAAAUGCUACCGCUUGUAUAAGGAAACUGUUGGGGGUUAUGCCAAUAUUGGUGCCACGUCUGUGGAUUUUAAGAAUUUUAAACGCGACUUGAAGGCUUAUUUAGUUGGCGUGGAUGCCCAAAUGUUGAUAGAUAAGCUAUUUAGAAAGAAAGAAAUUUGUUCAGCGUUUUCAUUUGACUACGAUGUUGAUGAGAGUGACCAGCUAACACGUGUAUUUUGGGCGGAUCCAGUCUCCAUAAAGAACUAUGCGUUAUUCGGGGAUGUUGUAUCUUUUGAUGCUACAUAUGAGACCAACAGGUAUGACAUGGUUUUUGCCCCCUUUACUGGCGUUGAUAAUCACAAAAAGUGCAUUACUUUUGCUGUGGGUUUGUUGUCGAAAGAAGAUGUGGAAUCAUAUGUUUGGUUAUUUCGAUGUUUCUUAAAUGCAAUGGGUCGGGAACCCAAGUGCAUCAUAACAGAUCAAGACCCAUCCAUGAAAAUUGCUAUUCCACAGGUAUUCACCAAUACAUGUCAUAGAUUUUGCAUGUGGCAUAUUAUGGAGAAGGUGAGUAAGAAAGUUGGACCGGUUUUGAGUAAAAAUUCUGAUUUUAUGACGGAAUUGAAUUCUAUUGUGUGGAGUCAUUAUUUGCAGCCAACCGAAUUUGAAUUGAGAUGGACCAUAUGUUUGAGAUUAGGGAUUUGUGGAUUCCUGCUUAUUUUGGUGAUAUAUUUAUGGCGGGCUUGCUCAGGACUACAUCACGUUCGGAGAGUGAAAAUAAUUUUUUUAAUGAAUUCACAAAUCCUAAUUUCAGUUUGGUGGAGUUUUAUAUGCAGUUUGAGAGUGCAAUGGAUUCUCAAAGACAUAAUAGUGCACAAUUGAUCAAAGUUUCAGAGUCCUCCUUUCCCGAGUACAAGACUCCAUUACAUAUUGAAAGAUAUGCUUCUUCUGUUUAUAAUCAUUCAAUUUUUUAUCUCGUUCAGAAGGAAAUAUGUUGUGCAUGUUUUUCUUGUGCUGUUCUCAGUCUCCAUCAUGAAGGUUGUGUGUUUACGUACGUCAUCUCAGAUGAACGAGGUUUUAAUUUCACAGUUGUGCACAAUAGUACUGAAGGUUCUACAGUUUGUUCUUGCAAACAUUUUGAAAGGAUUGGGAUAUUGUGUCGCCACGUUUUUUUUGUGUUGAAAGAGAAGAAGGUCAAUGCAAUUCCAGAUAAAUAUGUCCUUCGUCGAUGGUGCAAAGAUUCCAUUCUAAGGCCCCUUAAUGCAUUUGAAGAUGGUGUUUUUCAACAGUGUGUUGACACAGAAGAACAAAACCUAGCUAUGAAGACAUUGUGGUCUGAUAUUCAUUUUUGCGUUGGACUGAUUGACCAAAAACCUCAAUUGCUUCAGCAGUUUGCAGAUGCCAUUAAGGUGCAAAAAGAUUUACUGUCCAGCUCUCAAGGAAAUAGUGCAUCAGGAUCUACUAAAAAUGAUGUUAUACAAGCCUUUUAUGGGUCAUCUAUUCCUACUGAAGUAAGCAUUCGUCCACCGCAGCACGCUCGAAAUAAGGGUUGUGGAAAAAGGAUUAAAGGAGGCAAGGAGAAGGCAAUUGAAGUGAGCCAGAAGGCAAAGAGACUAUGUAGAAAAUGCAAUAAAAAAGGGUAUCAUGACAGUCGAAACUGUCCUUUGAACUCGGCGGAAUGAUUAUUCUUUUGUAUUCAUUUUCACAGCUUGGGUUUUCAGCUUGGAGCAAUGUUGCUUCGUUUAUUUUUUUUUUAUUUAGGAACAGUAUUUCGAACUCUUACGAAUGACUACUAUUUUCAAUUUAUUGUUUCGUCUUUUGAAUUUAUUAUUUUCUUUUUUUUUCUUUCACAAUUUAUGCCCUAUUUUUGGCCAAAGUCUUCAAUGUAUAAAUUACUACUGCGUGCAUAAUUUAAUGCAUUUUUAUCA